GCCUGCGGCAGCGCAGCCACUCAAAAUCUUCCCUGACGACACGUCCGGCCGGGCGAGUGCUUCCGGGGCAGAGGUUACCAUGGCGGCGGCCACAGUGGCUCGGCUAGGACUCCGGGCAGUCAAGGAGGUUCGGGUUCAGUUCUGCCCCUUCGAGAACAACGUGGAGUCUACGAGGACCUUCCUCCAGGCGGUGAGCCGCGACAAGGUCCGCUCCACCAACUUGAAAUGCUCAGUGAUUGUGGAUGUGAGGCACGACGGCUCCGAGCCCUGCGUGGAUGUGCUUUUCGGAGACGGGCAUCGCCUGAUUAUGCGCGGCGCCCACCUCACCGCCCAAGAAAUGCUCACUGCCUUCGCCUCCCACAUCCUGGCCCGGAGCGCAGCGGGGAGCGGGGACACCCCUGGCGCUGAUGCGGGCCGCUGACAGCGCGUAAGAGACCAACAAGCAGAUGUUCGCCUGGGACUUAUAGAACACUUAUCCACGAAAAGCUUGACUUAAUCCUUCAAAUCACCAUCUGGAGGGCCACAGACACCAUCCCCACCCCUCAAAAGAGCCCUGUGACUACAAAUCUAACCAAUGCUUCUGGGAUGAGACAGGGUUCGGGAGGGGUCUAGACAAACUUGAAUUUAUUUCGUUUUCUAACCAUCACUCACUGCUUAACCGUUUUGAAUUUGGCUCCCCCCACCACUCUCUCGAGUAUGAUACCUCUUACUCUUAUUAGCUAAAUCCAGUACUGUUUUCUCAGUCCUGAUCUCUCCACCUAAGUAGCAUUUGCCACUUUUAAUUCAUUCCCUAUGGAACUUCUCUUCCUUUUUCUCUCUUAAACAUAAAGGUAAACUCCACCCCCAACCCCUCUUUAUUUUUGAGCUAUCUCAUCUUCUGUUAUAACUUGAACUACCAUUUUGGGUUAAACCCUGCAUUUCUGUUUGGGUCUAAUCUUAAUUUCUGUGCUACAGUCAGGUUACCUACUACCGAUUUUCUCCGAAUCUUACAAAUAUUCUUUGUUCAAAAUAAAAUUGAUAAUCUUACAUACACAUAUACUUGCCUCUCCCUGACGUCCCCAUUCCUUCUAAAGGCACUUCAUGUGCUCAGCCACGUGGGCUGGAAAUCACAGCAUUGUCUCUGGCUCUGCUGUCUCCGUUUACUUGCAUACCCAGUCAGUAAGUUCAUGUUAUUCUAUGUUAAACAAAAGCCCCUGGAAUGUUCUCUUCAUUCUCAUUCACUCUCCUGUAUUAUUGUUACAUUCUCCUUUUUUUCUCAUCAUUCUUGCUGCUGCUUAAUUUUAUCUUUCCAAAGCACAUCACUGGUUAUGUCUCACUACUACUUGUUUUGGAGAACAGCACCUAAAGUACUUUUCAUACAGAGUUACCACCCAUUAGUGUGGAUCAUGAAUCAAUUUAGGAGGUUAAAUCAGCCUUUAAUUUAAAAAAGUAAAAUAUGUUCCCUGAGUCUGCUGGCGUAUUAAACAGUGUCCCUCCUUUUUCCUCAGAAAAAAAAAAAGUAAAGUAUCAGUACAUGCAUGGCACAUGGAAUGAGAAGUAUUCUUUUAAGAAAGUUAAGGUU